GCUCUGUCCCCCCUUUCGAUCAUCCACGCAUUGCUCCCCGUACAUCACUCUGAACUUUUGAUGUCUCAAACAAAAAGUUCAGCAUUUAUCCCAGCACAUGGCCAUCCUUGCUACAUAUCCAAUUUGCUUCCAGUCACACUUGCAACACAUCUCAUCAUCUUGCAAUUCAGCUUGCCACCUGCAUAGUCGCCGUCGCUUUUGGUGUCAUGUCGUCGUCGUUAACAAAAAGUUCUAAUUCGGCUCCCAGGUUCCGACAACACGUUGGUUUUGACAACCUACCCGCCGGCGAUUCGACCAAGAACAACACAUCCUCCUUUACGCUCCAUGUAAAACACCAGGGGUACCAGCCAUCCCGAAGGUCUCGUACCUUUAUGGUGGGUGUGGACGAGCAUGCCUAUUCCGAUUAUGCGCUGGUUUGGCUGCUCAACAACAUGGUCGAUGAUGGAGAUCAGGUAGUGUGUGUGCGCGUCAUUGAGAAUCCCAUUCGUCCAGGGGAAAAGUCCUACCAGGAGGAAGCGAAGAAGCUGUUGCAGACCAUUCAAUCCAAGAACGAGCAGAAUAGAGCUAUCAGCAUUAUUCUCGAGUGGGCCGUUGGAAAACUGCAUUCUACUUUUCAGAAAUUACUUCAUCUCCACCAACCCUCGAUGCUCGUUGUCGGCACAAAGGGCAGGUCCCUUGGCGGAAUCCAGGGCCUGAUGAACACGCGCAACUCCUUUUCAAAAUACUGCCUCCAAUACAGCCCUGUCCCCGUGGUCGUUGUUCGACCAGACGAUAAGCGGCUCAAAAAGAAGGAGAAACGUACCCACGACCCGAACCGACAGAGCUAUGCUGCCAUGCUGGCAUACAACGACGGAAAACACGAAGCCAACAGUGACGCAAGCAGUCUCUACGAGAUGGAAAAGAAUAUUUCUCCGGAUGAAGAGGCACACCGAGUGGCUGCCGCAAUUGGGUUGCCAGCAGCAUUCGAUCCGACCAUUAAGCCGUACGAGCCCAACAAGCCUCGCAACCGACGAACAUCUCUACCCUCCGCUCCUUCUCCCACAGCAGCCGGGACAAGCUCCGUGUCUCUGUCGCGAUCGACGCAAGCAAACGAGAGUGGCGACGAAGAUACGGCCGAGGAAGAAGACGAGUACGAGAUUGAAGCGGUCUCGGGCGACCAACUUCUAGCAGCAGAUGGACGGAAGAAAUUAGCACUUGAAAGAGAACAGAAGAAGCGACUCCACGCUAUGGAAGUGGGAGAAGCCGCUGCCCUGCUCAAGUCAGGGCAGUCAGGAAAAUCGCGGGAUUCGGACGAUGAAGAUGAGGAGGAUGAUACCCUGGGGCGAACGAGCGACAAAACCAAGCAAUGAGGACCGGUUAUUCGAGCCAUGAAGGAAGCUACAGAGCAUAACUGAGAUAUGAACAAGCGGGUAUCUUCCCAGAUGAUACCAACUUAGUUGGCAGCGGUGCUGAAUUUUGACGACGGUAUUAUUUUGGCGCAUGCCGGGCAUUCAGCAUAAAUCAGCCGGUAUCGUUAUCAAGGUGCGAAGGUGGCCCAUUUGACGGAUAUUUACAACACCAGUGAGCAUGCGACAAGUCGUUUUUGCUAUACCGCGCCAUUGGGAGUUAGAGAUAUGUUCCUAGACUGCAUGGAGCCGGAGUACAAGGGGGAAAAAAAACAGUACCGAACUCUUGACCUGCCCGUAGUACAAUGGGCAGAGGCUUAGAGGUUCUGUCGAGUAAUCAUCAGCUUAGCCAAAAUAAAUCUCCACACAAUAAGUUAAAUAGUCACCACUUGUUCCCUGCCUUGU